CCCUCCCUUCCCGUCCUCCCAUCUCCCUACAUAGCCACCUAACCUUAGACAGACAUGCACCGAAUCAAAUCAAAUAUCUCCACCAAGCACCAAGCCCCCACCCCAUCUCGAACACGGGGCGGCAGCACAAAACAGGUUACUUGCGGAAGCAACGCCGCGACCCUCACCACCAAGAUGGCAAGAGCACAAAACGAGGCUGCUGGGUUUCUUUCAAUAUUGCUUCAUUGUCCACACUUGCGCGCUGUUGUAUAUAUAUAUAUAUAUAUAUAUAUAUAUAUGUCUGAGCGGCAAGCUCUAGCAUUUGUAGAAGCGGGUGCGGGUGCGGGUGCGGGUGCGGGUGUGGUAGAUGUAUGGAUGGAAUGGAGAAAGGCAAGGCAAGGCAAGGCAAGGCAAGGGGAGGGAGGGAGGAAGGGGCAAGGUUCGUGAGAUCCGGAUAGGAUACUGCUCUGCUCUGCUCUGCUCUGCUCUUCUC